GCGCGAUGGUGACUCUGGGCGCGGAGGUUGGCGCGUGGCGAGCCCGCAGCUCGCAGAAUGAAGGCGGGGAGCGCGGCCGGCGGCCGGCGGGGGCUGGCUCCGCGACCCCAGCGCCGCGAGAAGCGGCCCAACCACCUGAACCCGGAAAACGCCAACAAGUAGUUUUUCGUUGGAGAAGGGCGGCUCGGCUGGGUGUCAGGACUCAGUCCGGCUGCCCGGAGAACCUCGUCCACUCGGAAACCCAAGCAGAAGCACUUUUCUGUCGGUCUCGUUAAGUCAUGUCUGAGCCACAGAGAUGGGCAAGAUCGAGAACAACGAGAGGGUGAUCCUCAAUGUCGGGGGCACCCGGCACGAAACCUACCGCAGCACCCUCAAGACCCUGCCUGGGACGCGCCUGGCCCUUCUCGCCGCCUCCGAUCCCCAGGGCGACUGCCUGACGGCGGCUGGCGACAAGCUGCAGCCGUCGCCCCCUUCGCUCUCGCCGCCGCCGCGACCGCCCCCACUGUCCCCCGGGCCGGGCGGCUGCUUUGAGGGCGGCGCGGGCAACUGCAGUCCCCGGGGCAUCGGCGGCGACCACCCUGGGGGCGGCCGCGAGUUCUUCUUCGACCGGCACCCCGGCGUCUUCGCCUAUGUGCUCAACUACUACCGCACGGGCAAGCUGCACUGCCCCGCCGACGUGUGCGGGCCGCUCUUCGAGGAGGAGCUGGCCUUCUGGGGCAUCGACGAGACGGACGUGGAGCCCUGCUGCUGGAUGACCUACAGGCAACACCGUGACGCCGAGGAGGCGCUCGACAUCUUCGAGACCCCCGACCUCAUCGGCGGCGACCCUGGCGACGACGAGGACCUGGCGGCCAAGAGGUUGGGCAUCGAGGACGCGGCGGGCCUGGGGGGCCCCGACGGCAAGUCUGGCCGCUGGAGGAGGCUGCAGCCCCGCAUGUGGGCCCUCUUCGAGGACCCCUACUCGUCCAGAGCCGCCAGGUUUAUUGCUUUUGCUUCUUUAUUCUUCAUCCUGGUUUCAAUCACAACCUUUUGCCUGGAGACACAUGAAGCUUUCAAUAUUGUUAAAAACAAGACAGAACCAGUCAUCAAUGGCACAAGUGUUGUUCUGCAAUAUGAAAUCGAAACGGAUCCUGCCUUGACGUAUGUAGAAGGAGUGUGUGUGGUGUGGUUUACUUUUGAAUUUUUAGUCCGUAUCAUUUUUUCCCCUAAUAAACUUGAAUUCAUCAAAAAUCUCUUGAAUAUCAUUGACUUUGUGGCCAUCCUACCCUUCUACUUAGAGGUGGGACUCAGUGGGCUGUCAUCCAAAGCUGCUAAAGAUGUCCUUGGCUUCCUCAGGGUGGUAAGAUUUGUGAGGAUCCUGAGAAUCUUCAAGCUCACCCGCCAUUUUGUAGGUCUGAGGGUGCUUGGACACACACUUCGAGCUAGUACUAAUGAAUUUUUGCUGCUGAUAAUCUUCCUGGCUCUAGGAGUUCUGAUAUUUGCUACUAUGAUCUACUAUGCCGAGAGAGUAGGAGCUCAACCUAACGACCCUUCAGCUAGUGAGCACACGCAGUUUAAAAACAUUCCAAUUGGCUUCUGGUGGGCUGUAGUGACCAUGACUACCUUGGGCUAUGGGGAUAUGUACCCCCAAACAUGGUCAGGGAUGCUGGUGGGAGCCCUGUGUGCUCUGGCUGGAGUGCUAACAAUAGCCAUGCCGGUGCCUGUCAUUGUCAACAACUUUGGAAUGUACUACUCCUUGGCAAUGGCGAAGCAGAAACUUCCAAGAAAAAGAAAGAAGCACAUCCCUCCUGCCCCUCAGGCAAGCUCACCUACUUUUUGCAAGACAGAAUUAAAUAUGGCCUGCAAUAGCACACAGGGUGACGCAUGUCUGGGCAAGGACAAUCGGCUUCUGGAACAUAACAGAUCAGUGUUGUACAGAAUUUGUCAUGGAUUUUUGACCGCUGAAAAAGGGACAAUGGAAUUUAGCCAUACCAAGGACUGUACUGGAAACAGACUUCUGCUGCUGAAUGUGCCCUGAUGUGACCAGGUAGCACUUGGAAGAGGUCCCUGCGUCUCCACGAGGCAUCUAAAUCUUAGAAAAGAACUGUGGCUGGAACUCAUUUGGUGCUCCCCAUAUGAGUGGUCUGCCAUGGACUGGCCAGGAGCCGUGAACCAAUUGUAAAUACCAACACGUGUGCAUGGGUCAACAGCUUCAGCCAUCUCACAUCCAAGGAAGCCGAGUCCAUGACCAACAUGGAGCUUCUGAGUAAGGCCCAUACCUCCGUGAAUCGCCCCUCUUGUGCCUGCAGUAGAUCGUGCUGUGAAUCAUACGAGGCUGUGAUAUCGGUGUAGUAUAGACGUGUCGUAAUUUCCCUUACUUCUUCUUUGAUGUUUGAUUCCAUGAACAUUGACUCUCUAUUUUUUUUUUUUUUAUAAACCACUUAUGUGGUUGUCUUUGUUGUGAGGUUUUCAGUGCCUAUUUAUCAAAACUAACCUAUUUUUUUGUCACCUGUAUGUUUAGAUCUGGAAAAUCAUUAUGACUUUAAAAAAAAAACUCACUGGCAUUAUUCAUGGUUUAAGUCCUUUGUCAUUGUUACCUCAAUUAUAAAUAUUACAGAAAAUAAAAUUCUGGCGAUGAGAGUAUUUUUUUAUUAAAUGAUCGAGGAGUAAUGUCAGUAUAUAGUAGAGUAUUAAUCAAAUUAUAUCCUAAAAUGUAUAUUUUGCAUAAGAGAGAUAUUCUUCAAUCAAUUACUUUUUUGUGAGUUUUGUGGCAAACAAAGCUUGAACUUGUCUUUAAAAUUGUUGUAGUUGAAACUGUGUUAAGAAUUCUUCAUCUUGCUUAAUCAAUAUUUCCAGAAUUGAUUAGUUCCCCUGGGAUUCUGAAUAUAACAUAUAACCUAAUUAUGAACCCCUGUAUUGUGGAACUUUUGUGAACAUUUCAAGGUGCAUGCACAACCUUGACGAUAACAGAUGGAUAUGUAACUAACUGAAAUGAAGAAUAAAAGGCAAAUAAGCUGGGGAUAAACUUGAAUCCUAUCUGAUUAAAUUAUUCAUAUUCUUU